GGGAGCCUGCUUGCUGCCACCUCGCUUCAACGUCACUCUUUUAUUGCUUGCUUCGAUUGCGACGCACCGUGUUGAGAUUCCGAUGCCGGCGACCAGCGGUACGCAUUCUCAACUGUAAUCAUGCGCCAAUUUCUUUCCUUUCUCCUUUUCCUGGCGACAUCUGUCGUCGCAUCGUCCACAGGCUACCAUGAACAGCUUAACCUGACGCCGCUGCCCCUGUCGGCACUGCUCGCAAGCUUCAACUUCCGAUCUAACACAACACUCGAGGACUUUGAAGCUCAGAAUUUCCGACUCUUCCCGCGAUCUCUAGGCCAGAUUCUUCAAUAUACCGGUACAAAGGAGCUUCAUCUGCGCUUCACCCUCGGUCGAUGGGAUACGGAGAGCUGGGGAGCUCGUCCCUGGGAUGGCCGCAAAGAGGGUGGGCAGGGUGUUGAGCUUUGGGCAUGGCUGGAUGCUGCUACGGAUGACGAGGCUGAUGAGAAGUGGCUUCUGUUGACCAAUGCGCUCUCUGGUCUGUUCUGUGCCAGUCUCAACUUCAUUGACGCGACGAGAACUAUUCGCCCAGUCAUGUCAUUCCAACCCGAAGGCAACCACCCCAAUACCACAUUGGCCAACACGAGGCUCCUGCAUGGCGUUCUUCCCCACGAGGUUGUGUGCACGGAAAAUUUAACACCAUUCCUGAAGCUUCUUCCGUGUAAAGGCAAGGCGGGUGUUGCUAGCUUGCUUGAUGGCCACAAGCUGUUUGAUGCUUCUUUCCAGAGCAUGGCCAUUGAUGUGCGCCCCAUCUGCUCCGAAGAUGACAAAUGUGUUUUUGAGAUGGAAGAGACUAUUGACAUGGUCUUGGAUGUCGAUCGCUCCAAAAGACCAAAGGAAAAUCCCAUUCCCCGCCCUCCUCCAGCCAACGAGCUUGUUUGCGAUACUUCGAAAUCAUACCAUUCCGACGACAUUUGCUACCCGGCCGAACAUCUGCAAGGACAAGACUGGACUCUGUCCCAUCUUUUUGGACAGGCAAUGCAAGGCACUUGCCCCCUUACCGACCCGGACGUUGCUCCCAUUUGCAUUCAUGUGCCCCAUACGCGCCAUGUCUACUCCUCCGACGGAGCCCGUGAAAUCAAGGAAGGCAAGGAGCCGGUCCGAUGCUACAAGAUACCCGAAGAUAUGGAAUUCACCAUGGUCUUGGGCGCCCCGGAGCCAAAUGAGGUGGGCCCGUACCCUGGCGUCGUUGAGCCUGAACCACCAAUGUUGGUCGCGGAGCGCAGUUUGACUGGCUAUGGCCAGCAGCAUGGAGGCAUCCAGGCCAUUCUUACAAACCCCACAGAUGAAGAAGUGGAAUUUGUAUACAUGGAAUCUCUCCCAUGGUUCAUGCGCAUUUAUCUGCACACUCUGAAGACUAGAAUGUCGACAUCAUCACCAACAAACAGUUCAGACGAGAUUGUUAAAGAGGUGUAUUACAGACCGGCUCUUGAUCGCGUUCGUGGAACACAGCUUGAGCUUCUCCUCCAAAUUCCGCCGCGAUGCACGGUUUUCCUAACUUAUGAUAUUGAGAAGACGAUUCUGAGAUACACCGAGUAUCCCCCUGACGCAAACCGUGGCUUUGAUGUGGCUGCAGCCGUUAUUACGACGCUCCGUCCCAAGGUUAUGAACAUUCGCACGACAGGACUUUUGCUUUACCUUCCUACGCCUGAUUUCAGCAUGCCUUAUAACGUCAUUAUCCUCACAUCCACCGUCAUCGCCCUGACAUUUGGUGGACUCUAUAAUAUUCUCAUUCGCCGCAUGGUGGCUACCAACGAAGUACCACCUAACGCGCUCAAGUCAAAACUCCAAGCUUUACUGACCAAGAUUAAGGGGGCAAAGUAGACGUUGCAUUGUAUCGCUCCAUGUAUAAUACAGAAAGAAGAAUAUUAGCAUCUACCGGUAUGAACGGAUUCCAAUAGACAUUUUCUAAUCAUCCUG